GUAUGGACCAGAAUCCCCGGAGCGCCAGGAGAUGGUCCAACAAGUGGACCGGACCGUGGGAUACAUCCGCGAUACCACCCGGAAUCACGGCCUGUCUGAUCGGCUCAACAUCAUUAUCACUGCUGAUCACGGAAUGACCACUGUUGUCCGGAAUGGCCUGGUCGACGAGAUCAUCCUGUCCAAGAUUCCAGGAUUUGACUUCCGGGAUAUCAAGUUCCAACUGGUAGAUUAUGGACCAACAGGAAUGCUUCUUCCCAGAGAAGGAAUGCUGGAGAAGGUGUACCAGGCCCUGAAAGGGGGCCACCCUCACCUGCAUGUGUAUAAGAAGGAGGACAUGCCUGGUAGGCUUCACUAUAGUAACCACCCUCGCCUCCUGCCCCUGAUUCUCUUUGCUGAUCAAGGAUAUGUCAUCAAUGGCUUUUUCCCAGUCCAGUUCAACAAGGGAGAGCAUGGCUAUGAUAACCAGAUGAUGGACAUGAAGCCGUUCUUCAGAGCUGUGGGGCCUGACUUCCAGAAGAACCUGGCUGUGGGACCCUUUGAGACGGUGAACGUGUAUCCGCUGAUGUGCCACCUCCUGGGGAUUAAACCGGAGGUCAACGAUGGGUCCCUGGAGGUCACUCGCCAGAUGCUGGUUCCCAAGAAGGACCAGGGAUCCUAUGAGAUGGCUGACUCUGUUAUCCCUGCAUGCUUCAAGAUGGCUACCAUGGUUCCUGUACCCAAGAAGGCAAAUAUAACGUCUGUUAUCAUGAAGUGCUUUGAGAGGUCCACAGAUGACGCAAUCACCAUCACACUGCACACUGACUUUCUGAUGGGUCAACACCAGGUGGUGAAGGUAGGAAACAACAUCUCCACUUCGCUGACCCUCAACACUGGGGCCCCACAAGGCAAAACAAAGGAGAUGAUCGUGUACCUCAGGAAACAGCAGAGGGAGCACCCUAUCCACAUCGAAGGGAAAGCAGCAGAGAAGGUGGAAAGUUUUAUGUUCCUGGGCGUACACAUCACAGACAAACUGAAAUGGUCUACCCACACAGACAGUGUGGUGAAGAAGGCGCCCUAA